GACCCCGGAGACUCGGCGGCUGUAAAUGGGACUUGGUGCUGGGCCGCCCACAAACCCUGGGGACUCGGCUGCUGUGAAUGAGACUUGGUGCUGGGCUGCCCACAGACCCUGGGGACUUGGUGCUGGGCUGCCCACAGACCCCGGGGACUCGGCUGCUGUGAAUGGGACUUGGUGCUGGGCUGGGCUCCUCCGACAACUGGAGAGCUGAGAUAUCUCCGAGGCACAUCCCCAAUCUAGGAGGCUGUCUGCCCUAGCCACUUGAGAGGAAGUACACAGAGGACAAGUUGCAACAGCCACUGUACUUCCUUCAGGCCUCACUCUUAGGACGUGGCGACCAGCAGAAAGCAGCUUGGUGGUGGAGGAGUGUCCGGGUCCAGGCACACCACAGAGGUAACCUCAAUGCUUGUGGGAGUGAAUGAGGCUCCUGGGGGCACACUCCCAGGGGUGCUGUGUUCCUUCUCUUACCUCCCCCCAGUUUUUCCUAAGUUGUAGUCAAUUCGCAGGCCUUAAAGAUCAGGGUUUCUUAAAAACCGUGUGGGGUGCUCUAGAGGCCUUUUUAGAUGGUGUAGAACACUUCUUGGCUCUGACUCAAAUGUGCUUGAGUCCGCAGCAGUUGUCAAUAGAUAUUGGAGAGGCCAGUGUGCUGGUCCUGGGAGGAGUUCCAAGAAGUCAGCGCUCGGUGACCUGGCUUCUCUGCUCAGUCUGGAAUGCAGUGUGCUGCCACUUCUGGGUUUAGGGAGGAAAACAGAAGGGUUAGAGGCCACAGACUGUGUUGAAUUGAAAACCCCGUUCUGCCGCCGCCGCCGCUACUGAAUGGGGUCUGACUGAAGCCUCAUCUCGCCUUUGCUUUCGCUGCCUGGGAAGGACACCCGAGUUCUGUCUCUUCAGGCAGUCCUUCAGCAGCGCCAGAGACCGGUCAGCUGCCAGGUAGACGCUCAGUGUGUCUGCACCGGCUUGCAUUUCUCCAUAAAAAAAAAAAAAGAACAGCUGAUGUGCACCCCCAGCCUUCCUGCAGCUGGAUUUAUCCGCGACCGCCAUGGGCUCUGCGAAUUCCAGAGGUCACAAGGGAGAAGCCCAGGUGGUAAUGAUGGGCCUGGACUCUGCUGGCAAGACCACGAUCCUGUACAAACUGAAAGGGAAUCCACUGGUGGAGACCUUACCCACAGUGGGUUUCAACGUAGAGCCUCUUGAAGCUCCCGGACAUGUGUCGCUGAUUCUCUGGGACAUUGGGGGACAGAGCCAGCUCAGGGCCACCUGGAAGGACUAUCUGGAAGGCACUAGCAUCCUUGUGUAUGUACUGGACAGCACAGAUGAAGCCCGCUUGCCUGAGGCGGUGGCUGAGCUUGAGGAAGUCCUGGAAGACCCCAACAUGGCCGGUGUCCCUUUCUUGGUACUGGCCAACAAGCAGGAGGCUCCCGAUGCUCUUCCGUUGCUUGAAAUCAGAAACAGGCUGGGCCUGGAAAGGUUCCGAGACCGCUGCUGGGAGCUGCGGGCCUGCAGCGCUCUCACAGGCCAGGGGCUACCGGAAGCCCUGGAGAGCCUGCUGCACUUGCUGAGAUCCUGCUGAAGUGCAGUAAGCUGUGACUCCUCGAGGCUGGAGCAGGACAGGAAUCAGGACCAGCCGGACCCCCUGAGCAGGCAGGACAGCUUAUCCUGGCUUCUGUGAACAGGAAGGGCCAGCUGGUUCUUGAGAAACUGCGGCUCAGUUUACCACACAAGAAAUGCUUUUACUCUUGGACAGGACAUUUUCUUCUCAGGACGUGUUCUUGGUGGCACUUGUGCUGAAUGAAAACCAACUGUUUUUGGUUUUUUUUUUAAAAAUAAUAAUAGCCGGGGGGUGGAUAUAAAAAUCCUCAAAAUACCAAGUGUGAAUGUGACAAAGUUGGCGACAAUAACUGAGAACCAAGUUCACGAACAAGAGGAAGUCUCAAAACUGCAUCUGAGUGUCACCUGGAACUACUGUCAUGGGGAGCAAUUCUUCCUGCUGCCUCUGGGCACAGCCACUGUCACUCUCCCUCCAGUUCGCCGGGCUGGCAGCAGAGAGGGGCCGUUCAGCUCCCACAAUUUUACCCUGCCCUCCAACUCUGAUGAACUCCUCUCUGGCCUCCACCCUAUGUUGUAAAAAAAUAAAACAAAACUGCACGUGUA